AUGAGCUCUGCAUUAGGAUCACUCUCUGCAUUAGGCAGAUCCGAAGCGGAUUGGAGUGGAGGGUCCGGAAUAUACAAUGCCCAGUUCUUCACCGACCCUUCGCUCCCUAGGCAUACCAUCUAUGCCCCGAAAGUCCCUGUUAAAGGGAAGAAACUUCCCCUGAUUGUGUGGGGCAAUGGUGCGUGCGGGACCGACGGCUCCGGAUUCUCCAACUUCUUAACCGAGAUUGCUUCCCAUGGAUUCAUGGUCAUUGCCAAUGGAGCACCCAAGAAAAAAUGGGAGACAAGAGCAGUUCAGCUAACUGAAGCGAUUGACUGGGCUGAAAAGGGAGCUGCUGGUGAGAAAUAUGGAGAGGUUGAUAUGACCCGAGUAGCGGCGGCAGGCCAGAGUUGUGGCGGCGUGGAGGCGUACUCCGCAAGUGUCUACGAGUCGCGUGUCAAGGUUAUUGGGAUAUACAACACUGGUGUCAUUGACCCAGGGCGGCGAUGGAUGCUCAAAGACAUCAAACAGCCGAUCGGGUAUUUCUACGGUGGAACGGCUGACUUCUCGCAAGAAUAUAUCGAACAAGAUUAUAAGGAUAUCCGACCAGAUCUUCCUGCCAUGAUGUCCGUCGCAAAUUCAGGAGGACAUUUUGGUACCUAUUUCGAGAAACAAGGAGGCGCAUAUGGCAGGAUAUCCGUGGCUUGGUGGAAAUGGCAGCUGCUUGGAGAUGAAGCAUCGAAGGCAAUGUUUUUGGAUACGUCAUCAGCACUGUAUACUAGAGAUGGGUGGAAGAUAAAUACUUCACACUGGAAAGAUAUAAAAUAG